AUGAAAUUUAAGCUAAGCGUGCCGACAAUAAAGUUAUCGACUUGCAAUGCUGCCAAACACACCUCAUCGAGCAGUUCACUGGAAGUAGAUGUCCGUGAAGAGUAUGCCAAUGCGUUUAGAACCCAAUCUUACAUCGACUUUUGGACUCGAGUCCUUGACCUGACCCAUGGUGGUUCGACCAUUAACCAAACUGUGAGAUCGAUGGCUGCAGCUCGACUUCCAUCCUAUAGGCUCUUUGCCGAGAACCUCCUCGAUCCCGACCAACCCACCGUCAUCCGAGUCCUCGCCUUGGCUAAACAUCAUGCCGAAAACCACUCCCUCUUGUCCGAUUAUUUCUCGGAAACCGCCAACGCUUCUAUUGUUUGUGGGUCGCUUUUAGAAGAUAUUGACCAAUUGAGAUCCAAGUAUCGAUCUCUUCAAACCACCUUGAAAUCGAUGGAAGCUACAAAAGUCUCAUUCGUAAGUCAAGGCCCGCCGUUAGCCGCCCGGCUAGCAGACUUCUGUAACUCGCCUAACCCGUUCAUGAUGCCCACAUCGUCUCCUCACGGGGUUCAAGCAGUGCAACUUGAGUGCUAUAAGUUGCUUAAGCGUCUUGAAUCGAGCCGUGACCGUGCUCAAGCGAAACUUAAACGGAUCAACAAUGUGAAAUACGGCUCGGCCAUCACUCUAGUGGUUCUGACCGUAUCAAUUACGGUGAUCAUCGUGACUCACGCUCUAGCGAUUCUCGUGGCUGCUCCCGGGAUCAUAGUUGCAACAAUGGAGUUGGGUUCGAGUCAGAAGCUGGCUAAGCUAUCAACUCAGCUUGACGUGGCGGCUAAGGGAACGUAUAUACUGAAUCGGGAUUUGGACACAAUUAGUCGACUAGUGGCUCGACUUAACGAUGAGCUUGAGCAUAUGCAAACGACAACAAAGUUUUGGCUCAAAAGGGGACACAAUCGGAUUCAAAGCCUCGAAGAAUUCGGUCGGCAAUUGAAGAAGAGCGAUUUGAGUUUCUGUGAACAACUUGACGAGUUAGAGGAGCAUCUGUACUUGUGUUUCAUGACCAUCAAUAGAGCAAGAAACCUUGUUAUCAAGGAACUUGCGGGUUCCGGUUUUGUUCCAUGA